AAUGUAGGUGUGCCGUGCAGUGAACGUCCUUGACUAGGGAAGGGAAGUGCGUCUACCGGGUUUCUAGCUGCGUGCUGCUUAACGACCGCGCGAUGUCACUCCAGAGUCAGGAAUAAUGAUAAGGAAGUGGUUAUUUGAUGCAGAGGGUUUAUUUCAUUGAAAUUUUAUUUUAAUUAUUUGGCAACUUUUACGUUGGCUUGCCAAACCGCCAUAAAACAGAAGAAGAAGAAGAAGAAGAAUUAUUUGCGACAUAAACAAUGUUUCUGGUUUUAUUUGGUUUGAACUGUUCUGAAAUCAUUCAACAGACCAGUCUGACUAGGCUGGAGACUAGCCAAUACCAGAAAACCACUUAAGGCUGAUUAAACUAGUAGCUUAUGCGUGUACUAAAUAAACAAAUCCAUCAAGUCGUUUUUAACUAAAUUUUAAGAGGACAUCAUGGGCCUUUUCAUCGAGUGCUGGUUUGAAGUUAAAACUCCUGAAUGAUGGAUUUGUUUCUUAAAAACACACAAAUUUUGAUUCACAAGAUGUUAAUUGAUUACUAGUGGAUUAUUUUGAUGUUUUUAUCAGCGGUUUGGAGUCUCAUUCUGACGGCACCCAUUCACUGCAGAGGAUCCAUUAGAGCUCAUACUUUACUGCCAACAAACUUCCCAGACCAAGGACAGAUCAAAAGUGGGCUUGCAUGCUCCCAUGGUUUCCUGUAAACCGCAUGACUGAAACAACUUGACUGGACUUGCUUCCCCUCCAGCAAUUUCAGAGACCAAACACAGACAAGAAUGCAGACUGCAACCGUAACUCUCCUGGUCAUAGCUGCAGUCCUCUGGAGCAACACUGAAGCUUUUUCAGACGCAGCUGUGGACUGCUGUCUAACCACCAAGGACACUCGUAUUCCAAUACAGAUUGUUGCAUCCUACUUUCACCAAACCACAGAGAGUGGUUGUGCCAUUCCAGCUACUGUAUUUAUCACAAAAAAGGACAAGAAGCUGUGUGCUCCACCAGAGAAAAAUGGCUGGAUUUCCAAGAUCAUCACACACUUAGACAAGAAGAAGAAAGCUUCUCAGUAGAAACACAGAAAAAAAACCCUCUCCAAAAUCUUAGUUUUGCUCUCAUAAGUUCUGUGACAGCUCAGACAUCUUCAAAGCUAAAUAAGACAUUUAGCAGACGUUGUGCAGUUCUUCUUGCUUGAAACCGUUUUCUAGCUUCUGGUAUCAAUAACACCUAUUCUGGUUUUGCUAUGCUUCAAAAAUAUGAGCCAAGAAUGAUAACCUUGUAACUGCACUGAGCAGCACUGGACAGACAGGAAGUGAUUACUCUUAAUCAUUAACUGCCACAGUGGUUUUUAAAAGUUAUGGAAAAGUUAAGUUUUGGAAAUCAUGUAGAUUUGGGGAAUCCACGGUGGUCAGAUUUUGUAAAUGAUUAAAAGCAGAUAUGUUAUUUGUUUAUAUUAGACUGUAUUGUUUUACUGUAGCCAUUAUGAGUCUCAUACAUUUGCACGAAUUAUAAAUUGUCUUGUGUUUUUAGAAUGUGUUUUCUAAUGUAUGCAACAUACUUUGUGUGACUGUAGUUUUUCUAACAAUGAUUUUUAAAUAAAUUCAUUUUGUUAAA